UUCUUGGAGACAGUUGGCAACAGACAGUGCAGAAGAAAAAAAUAGUGAUGAGAUGAAGAAUUUUUUUAGAUUCAUAUAGAUAUUGAAAAGUAGUAAAAAUCGAAUAGUAUUGGUGAAAAAUUAAGAGCUCCGUAAUUCUGUUGCAAUAAUCUAACUGCUGGUUAUUCGACAUGGUGAUCGAGGGCUCAGCAUUUACACGGAACGAUGUGUUCCAAAUGGCAAUACGUGUUGCAUUUGUGUCUGCAGUUACAUAUUUUUCGAUAAAAUGGCUCGUAAACCAAAUAGAUCCGACAUCAAAAAGCCGGAAGAAGGCAGAAGAAAGAGCACGCGAACAGUUACGCAAGGUGUCUUGCAGAGCGGGGCUCGGCUCGAAGCACACCCUGGCCUUGGACAAGCUGACUGACCACGAGAUGAUCAUCGCAUCGCAACUAGUUGUGCCCGAUGAGAUUAAUGUGAACUGGAAGGACAUUGCCGGCUUGGAUAAUCUCAUUCAGGAGUUGAGGGAGACCGUGAUUCUGCCGAUCCAGAAACGGGAAUUGUUCGCGGACAGCAGGCUCACGCAGCCUCCCAAAGGAGUGCUGCUGCAUGGACCACCAGGUUGCGGCAAAACCCUGAUAGCGAAGGCGACUGCCAAGGAGGCCAAUAUGAGCUUCAUCAACCUCGACGUGUCGUUGUUGACCGACAAGUGGUACGGCGAGACGCAGAAGUUGGCGGCGGCGGUGUUCAGUCUCGCCGUCAAACUGCAGCCUUGCAUCGUCUUCAUUGAUGAAAUCGAGUCAUUCCUGCGCACGCGCACUCAACACGACCACGAAGCUACAGCGAUGAUGAAAACGCAGUUCAUGUCUCUGUGGGACGGACUGAUCACCGACCCCGGCUGCACUGUCAUCAUCAUGGGAGCAACGAACCGGCCGCAAGACCUGGACAAGGCCAUCCAGCGGCGCAUGCCGGCCACGUUCCACGUGCCCAUGCCCAGCGACGCGCAGCGCGAGCGCAUCCUGCAGCUCAUCCUGCGCGCCGAGCCGCUCGCGCCCGACAUCGACUACAAGCGCCUGGCGGCGGCCACGGAAGGCUUCUCGGGCUCCGACCUGCACGAGCUGUGCCGGCAGGCCGCCGUGUACCGCGUGCGCGACCUCGCCAGGGACGAGCUGGCCAGGGACCACGAGAAGGCCUCAAAACCCACAUCGAAAUCUAACGAAUCUGAAUCUGACGAUGAAUUCGUGGACGCCGUCCGGCCUAUCACUAUGGACGACCUUCGCCUGUCGCUCAGCAAACUCAAGGAGUCCAAGAUACAGUGCGGCGCGCUCCCUUCCAGCAUGCGGAUAGAACUGGAUUAAACUGGUUCGGAUCCGGUUGUUUCUAGAUUUUAGGUUUUCAAUGUUACCGCGAUUCCACACAACUUACAAGGUGAGGCCUGAUAGUUAAACCAAAUUGUAGCAAUUUAAAGAGUGUAGAGAUUCAGCGAGGUGAUUUCUGUUAUCUGAAGAUGAAUUAUUUGAGCGAAAUUGAGAACAUACCCUAUACCCCAUAGAACAGCACCCUACUUUCUCAUUAUGCGGAUAUAACUGGAUUAAACUGGUUUGAAUAUGAUUAUGGUUUUAAAAUGUCUCCAAUUUCGCAUUGAAGCUGAGGUCGAAUUAAUAUGGCCAAAUUUCAGCAGCUCUGACGAGUCUUUCAGUAUGCAGUUAUAACUGGAUCAAACUGGUUUGGUUAUGGUUAAAGUUAUAUACAUACAUAUGUGUUUCCAAUUCUUAUUUCUGCAAGUCAAAUUCAAAACUUCCCAGGAUGUAGAUAGGACUGGUUUGAUCCGGUUAUUUCUAGACUAGGUUCACAAUGUCUUUUGUUUCGCUUAAUUGUGAACCUAAGGUAAAUGCGGCGCCCUUAAAUUUCAACAUAUAUGAAUAGAACGUUCUAGAUGUGUGUCUGCAAUUUCAUUUAACUAAAGCUAGCCUGGUGUGCGGAUAGAACUAGAUAUAACUGGUUAUCGCCAGAUGAAAUUGUCUUUUUGUUUAUGUUUUUUUUUAUAAAAGCCCUUUAUUUUGGUCACAGCUAAAAUGUCUAUGAUUUCAAUGUGACAUGUCAUAUUGUAUUGAACUGUCAAAAUAUAUAUAUUUUUUUGUAAAUUGUUUCUCUUUCGUCAUCAAAAUCUAUAAAGAUACAUUAAUUUAAACAUAUUCUUCAAAAACAUGACGUUGGUCGGACUUAGUACUGAAUAACUGUAAAAUUAUAUUAUUGCUUGCCUAAACUCAACGCCAUCUAGCGAGAAAAAUGGUUACUACUUUGUUUUUAAAUUGUCACUAGAGAACUUCUCAUUAUCUACCUACCUGUUCAAUAUAUCAAUGUUAUAAACUUUAUUGCAUCAAUGUUGUAUCUAUAGACUGUCUCGAACAAAAAAUUCGCCGUCCAUUUGAAAAUGGAUCUUAAAAUUAUAUAACAAUGAAGCACACAAUUCUUAAAUUUUUAUACUCUUAUAAAUUAGAAAUUUAUAUUUAAGUACUGUGUGCUUUAUUGCAAUACAUUUAGAUCCAUGUUUGAAUGGCACAUAUCAGUGAAAUGACGUAUAAAAGUGUAGACGUGUUUUGUUUUAUUUUACUCUGUGUGAAUCUAGUUUAUAGUUGAUCGAAGCUUAAUUGGCUUCACCAUUUAGUUAUAUUCCGCUUUCAAAGCGCAAUGAAAAAUAUUGUUACCAUAAUUCGUCUAUUCAAAUAAGGGCCGCACGAAUUAUACACGAAUAUUUUAAGGUUUAUAAUGAAUAACUGUGUGUAUAUACUAGAUUCCGCCUGUCGCUUUGCUCGUCUUAAAAUUGUAAUUGUUAAUUAAUAAUAUGAUUAACCUGUCAAGAAGAUGAAGUAACUAAUAUACUUACAAAUUUUAUGUAAUAAAUUGUUGAAGAAAAUCUGUUCUAUGCCUAUUCUGUUACCCUUAAAAUAUUAUGUCUGUAAUUUGUGCCGACCUUCUAUUCAUAUUAACGGUAUAUAUAAUAUUUUAAAACGUUCUAAAUGUUUGUAUAUUUUUGAUGGGUACUAUUUGAUCGGUUAUAUAAAUUGAAAAUAUUUGUUCCAGAUUUUAAAUAUCAUUAAAUGAAAAUAUUCAUACUACCUAGAAAUUAGUGUGUAGAUAGUUUGAUGAAAUUUUCAAAUGAUUUAGUAAUUCGCGUAUACUCGUACCUUGCAUCUGUCUCGUUCUGUCCGGAGGGUUCUUCCAUAAGUUAGAAUGAGAUGGCAUAAUGAUAAAAUUCAUAGAUAGGGAUAAAUCUUGGAACGUAUUGAUUAAAAAUCACGUUUAUACGAUAAUUCUGUAAUUUCGAAAAAAAAAAAGAAUGUUAAUACCGGAGCUAUAAUGAAUAAUUUUAAAUCUAUUAAAAACAUAGUGAACUACACAAAUUUGAA